GCGGGGGGCUGGACGUUUUAGAGCAGUGACGUCAUGGCUGCCCAGAAGAUGGCGGAUAAGAAGAGGAGCCGAGGAGGACCAGAAGAAGAGGCAGAAAAUGAAGUGAACACUAAGACUGUUUCUUCCAGCAAUGGAGGGGAAAGCUCAAGCCGAAGUGCAGAAAAGAGGUCGGCAGAUACAUCCUCUGAUGAGUCCAGCACACAGCCGUGUCCUCCUAAAGUCUCCAAGGUUGGAUUUGCUCUAGGAGGUCAGAUUGGGAAAAAGUCAUCGUCCAUAUCAAUCAAGCUUUCUGCUGCUAAACCCAAGGAUGUAAAGCCUGCUGCUGCUAAAAAGAAGAGCACUGUAGCAUCAGUAUUCAAUGAAGAUGAUAGUGAACCUGAAGAAAUGCCACCAGAGGCAAAGAUGCGGAUGAAAAAUAUUGGAAGGGACACACCGACAUCAGCAGGGCCGAAUUCAUUCAACAAAGGAAAGCACGGAUUUACAGAUACCCAGAAACUAUGGGAGCGGAAUAUAAAUUCGAAGUUAGAUGGUGAUGAAGAAGAUGACUGAAAUGUUUAUAUAUUUAUGUAAAGGGCUUAGGAUAUUGUCU